AUGGGUUAUUCGGAAGAACAAGCUCUCGCACUGCUUACCUGGCAUAAGGCAGACUUCGAAGGAGCUCGCAACGAUUUACCCAAUUUCAGUCCAUUACGGUAUGAAUGGACAGCAUACGAACGACGUGUGUUCUUUCUCGCCCUGGAUUACUACAAUAAGCAAUUUCACAAGAUUAAAAAGUUGUUUAAAAAGCGUACAGUCAACGAGCUCAUUCUGUUUUAUUAUCUGAAUAAGCGAAAUCAACAAACGUUAUAUGAAAUGAGCCUAUUCGGGCCGAAAUGGACAGGUUUACAUCGGCGUGGAUAUCUAACCCCUGGGAUGCUAGCCCGCACUAUGGACGGUAGUCCCGUGAAAGGGGACUCUCAUCAGAAGUCUUCUUUCGAUUUUGAUCCUACUGAUCCCGUGGACAUGGAAAUCCGACGCUAUUUGGACUCACUCCGUGGGAUAGUGUCCUCUGAAAGUACCCAGGAGGGGGAUUGUGAAACAGCUGCAUCCCUGCCCGAUAGUCCAGACUCAGAUGAGGAAUCUGAGACCCGUUUGCCAUCCGGAGGUUACAGAAAGGAUAACAAUCUCGAAGGACAUGGGGAUAUGAGAACUUCCAAGAGCUCUGCAACAGCUUGUCGGAAACGGAAACGCCCAAGAGGCAGGCCACGCAAUUCUCACAACAUCAAUAUACCUUCAUUGGAUCUGCCCUCUCCUCUGCCAAGUUCCUACAAUGCUUCAAUUAGUCGUCUAUCUAUGCGCAAACACGCCCGAUUUGAGGAGCAACUGGCAGCUGUUGCUAACCUACCCUACGGCCAAACUGAGAGGUCUAGCCUACCUCCAUCAAACGCGCCAACGGAAGUUCUGCGCCGGCGAUCACGACGUGGAGUUACUCAUUCUGCUUCCUUCUCAGCACCUGUAGCGAAGCUCCCAGACGGCGUUUACUAUGUUCACAAGGAGUUCUUAAGCAUGUGCCACCAUUCAGCGGACCAACACAAAGAGGAUAUUCAUAAACUGGAAGAAUUGGCGCACAGCCUCAGCUUCCGCAUCGACGAGAACGUUCGCGUAAGACUCGGGGCGUCUUUCUGUCGUCUUCACAAUUGCUCUUUUACUUGACCCCCGCGCUUCCACGCUGUUGCUUCUGCAUCCGUUAGCCAUCCGUAUUGCACGGUCAGCUCGUUCGUUCGGUAUUGUUGGUACCGUUCACUCGGCGUGUGUCUCAGCGUUUGCCUCUUCUCCAAUCAACAAACACCGUUGGACUUCUGGAUGAUAUUCAAUCUCUGAAACCUCCAGUUUUGCCCAAGAACCCUCAUUGGAGUCCAGUUGAUAUCCAACUGGCCAGCCACGCCAUCAGGGAAUUCGGACGGGAUUACGCAGCAAUCGCUGAACGGUUGCUCAAUAAAACGCCCAGUAUGGUGGCUACCCUGUUCGAAUUGUACGGUCAACAUUUGAACCUUGACGGACUCGCUUCCUUGGCUCCGGUUGUGCUUCUCUAGCCCUCGGUCCAGUUCACCACACGUGCACAUAUAAAUAACAUUGGCGACAGAAUUCUGAAUCUUGUGGAACUCUCCUUCGUUCGCCGUUCCCGUCGCUCAAUUAUGUUUUUUUUGGCGAUUACGCACCAGCCUACUACAGUUUUUUCUCCUAUUCGACUUGUUUUCUUCCCAUCAUCAGAGAUGUUUCGGGAAGCCAUUUGAAGAUUGCUUUGUACCUCUGCCUACCUGGUGGACAUCUGGCUGGCUACUAUGUAAUAUAUCGUGUUAAUGAAUACGAGAAAUAAACGUGGUCCCGAUAC